AUGACCAGAGCACAGGGAGGCACUGUUUAUCACUGUCCAUCCAUACCAUCACUGUUUGUCACUGCCAACACUUCUCAGCACUGCCAUCUUUACGUAACACCACCGAGUAGGAACCAGCUCAGUGGGGGGAGGCAACAGCUACGACAACGCCGGGCAGGCCAGCCUGUGUAUUUUGGCCUAAGUAUCAAUUACGACACAAAUGUCGUUCAUUGGGAUUGGAGAGAUGCGAAGAAUGCGGGAAUCAGUCCUGGUUAUGUUACUCUUGAUCCCGAGUAUGACAGCAUUUCCAUCCGCACACAGGCCAUGCUCCGAUACGACAGUGUCGAAAGAAACCGAAUUCGCACCUACAACUGCUCUGUCUUGACCAUCUGCGCUCAGAAAACCAUCAUCAAGUGGGCGCGAGCCGGCACCUUCCAAGGCCCCGUCAUCUCAGAUGUUGACCGACCCCUUGGUCUUUUGGAGUUGCGCCUGGCCGGACCUAUCGGCGCGGCUGAAGCCCGUCGUAUGCUCCUAGUCACCGAGCAAUACCGAUUGCAGACCUAA